ACGACAUGCCGCAGAUGAAUUGCAUUCAGGAGAAACAAGGAAUCAGACCCCAACAAUAGAUGCGAGUUAUACUCGGAGCUGUUGCACAUGGUGGAAAAUAAAAACCGGACAACUACAAACCUGCAGUAGUAACUGUUUUUUAGGGAGGAUUUACGUUUUCUUUUUGACGUUUCCUUUUCUGGCCCGUUUGUGAUGCAGUGGAAAACUGGGCCGAAAACAAAACUCGUUGUCGGACCCGAAACAAAGCUCAGCAUAAACCUGCCCGAACUGAGCUACCACGCUGCACGCCCAGUACCACCAAAUCGAUGGCCCAUAUUGGAUCCAUAUUGUUUCCUUUUCUGGUUCUGGACUUCUGGAACACGGGAAGCGGGAAGCGGGAACCGGAGAACUCGCCGAGAGGACGGCAAUGCUCCCAACACGGGUCCCUUCCCUGCUCGCCCAUGCCGUGCGGUGCGGUUGCAGAGUUAACUUGCCGGCGACAGACUCCGCGCCCCUCCAGCUCGGCGCCGUGCGCGGCCAGGACGGCGCAUUCGAUGCUGCAGUGCUGGGCCGCCGUGGUGGUUGCGGUGCCUUAUUUGCCGUAUCCGUACCUGCAAACACAAGCUGCGAGCAGCUGAACCGUCCGCCUGUUUAUAUUAACAACCGUGUGGUUAACAACCGUCACAUAGAUGUGAUUUAACACACAAACCCACACAAUCCCAUCGUCAUGACGCCAAGAUCGUGUCCGAGUGCGACUGUGCGCGCGUCUCCGUCUCGCUUGUUUUAAGCACGGCAAGGGAAGAGGACGACGGGUGGACGCUUGGACAAACAGCCUUGUCGUGUACUCUCUCUUUCUCUCCUCCCACAGUUCCGCUCGAUUCCAAGAGUCCAGCGCCACACGACAUCCUCCGCGCGGCCGGCCAUGGGGGAAGCUGCGGAUCCGGCGACGGGGAGGGUGGCACCGCCGAUGUCGUGGCGUACGCGGCUCUCCGUGCUCGCCGCGGGGUACCUCACCGACGCCACGUGCCGCGCCGACGGCACAGUCAACCGCCGCCUGCUCGGCAUGCUCGACAAGGGCGUAGCGGCGUCCGCGGCCCCGCGCAACGGCGUCGCCUCGCGGGACGUGACCAUCGACCCGGCCGUGCCCCUCCGCGCGCGCCUCUUCUACCCCUGCGCUCCCGCCGCCGCCGAGGACGACGACGCGGAGGCGGAGCGUCCGGCGGUGCCCGUCGUCGUGUUCUUCCACGGCGGCGGCUUCGCGUACCUCUCCGCGGCGUCCCCCGCCUACGACGCUGCGUGCCGCCGCAUCGCCAGGUACGCCGGCGCGGCGGUGCUGUCCGUCGACUACCGCCGCUCGCCCGAGCACCGGUUCCCCGCCGCCUACGACGACGGCUUCGCGGCGCUCCGCUUCCUCGACGGCGGGCCCGGGCCCGACCCCGACCCCGGCGCGAUCGCGGGCGCCCCGCCGAUCGACGCCGCGCGCUGCUUCCUCGCGGGGGACAGCGCCGGCGGUAACAUCGCGCACCACGUCGCCCGCCGCUACGCGCUGGACCCUUCCGCCUUCACGAACCUCCGCCUCGCCGGCCUCAUCGCCAUCCAGCCCUUCUUCGGCGGCCAGGAGCGCACGCCCGCCGAGCUGCGGCUCGUCGGCGCGCCCAUCGUCUCCGUUCCGCGCACCGACUGGAUGUGGCGCGCGUUCCUUCCCCACGGCGCGGACCGCACCCACGAGGCGUCAUCCCCCGACGUCGCCACCGCGGGCAUCGACGGCGCCCCUGAUUUCCCGCCUGCCACGGUCGUCAUCGGCGGGUACGACCCGCUGCAGGACUGGCAGCGCCGGUACUGCGACGCGUUGCGCGGUAAGGGGAAGGAGGUGCGGGUGCUGGAGUACCCCGACGCCAUCCACGCCUUCUACGUCUUCCCGGAGUUCGCGGAGUCCAAGGACCUCAUGCUACGGAUCAAGGAGAUCGUCGCCAGCAGCGAGUGAUGGGGGACGGACGGCGUGGGCGCGCGCAGCUGUCGCUCAGAUGCGUGGUGGAUGUAUCUGCGACUGUGCUAAGUGGCUAGGGUCAGUGUUGUGGACUGGACGGUGCUGUCUAGUGUGUGACGUGGUUCGUCGUGUGGGACGCGCCACAAUUAAACUAGUGUUAAAUAAUGAUGACGAUCGGCAAUGAUAAUUCUAAUUUUCUUGUUUGAUGAUUA